AUGAGUGCUCUAGGACAGGAUCUGUCUUGGUUGUUCGCGGGCAUCGGCGACGCUCGUAAUUUUUUUGCAACUUUGAUUCCUCUGAUUUCAUCGGAAGAGAAAGGGGAGGCUCCCAGCAGCAGACAUUUUCACUUCACUCUGAUCGACCUCAAUGCAACCGCUAUCGCCAGAGUCCUCAUAAUGCUGCAUUUGCUCGACCAAACCGAUGACACAGAAGCACUGGCUUGCAUGAUCUACGUUUUCGGCUCCUACGUGAUGCCAUCUUUCGCAUACGAAAAGCUUCAGCAGACGAUAUCUGCUUUGAUUGACGGACUCCAGAGAGAGUCUCCUGUUCAAGACUGGGUUUACUUGGCAGAGCAUCAACGGCCGGCGAUUUUACACCAUCUGCAUGCAUGGAAGACAAGUCUGAAUGGCAAGUAUAAUACUCGCAACUUGCGCCAGAGUAGCCUGAAGAAUGCCACCAUCAGCAAGACGCGCCGCAAGAAAACUCUCGAUGAGCCUGAAGAGCCACUCACAUUCUGUGAGUAUGAUGACAUGCUGUUCUGGACUUAUGGUAUCUUCAUGCCGGACGAUCUAGAACUACCGAACUGUGAGACAGAGCUGGCUGGCCUGGCCGCAAUCCUCAGUACAGGCUUGAGCACACCCUCUUCAGUACCUGAUGAGAAGGCACUGAACAUCAUUGACAACACCUGGAAGCCGAACGUAACACUGGUGGACAUCAAUUGGGACUCGGUGCGGGACAGUGACUCUCCACAUUCGGAUCCUCCAGACUUCCAUUUUGAUUCGCCUGCUGUGCAUAAAGCUCUCUUCAAUCCGAGUGAAGAGGUCGCUGAGGGCUUCGGAAUAACCAGUUUUUGGGGUUGGUCCAACGUGUUCUUCCGCAGUGUUUCACAGGCGAUUGGUACUUUGCGCGAACGAUUGUGUGUCGAAGUUGUUCUCGGAGAAAUGAAUGAUUGCUUGGAACGACUACAACACGACGCGUGGACUUCGAGAGGCGACAAGCAAGGCAAAUUUGAACCAGCACUCUUUCCCAGGACCUACAACCGCAUCCACAUGAGCAAUGUUCCGUAA